AUGGACGAUCGCAGCUAUCACAAAUCUAAAGACAAGUCCAUGGAGUCAGAGAGAAAGAGCACCUCCGAAAAACGAAGCCGAGAGGAUCAUUACAAUGGAAGUAGCAGUGAUCGCCAUCAUCACCACCAUCAUGGCAGCAGCAGCAGUAAUAGCCAUCGAGAAAAGCGAAGAAAUUAUGGAGAUGAUCGCUCGAGUAGUCGAUAUGAACGAGAUAGAGGUAGUAGUAGUCGCCAUAGAGAUAGGAGCCGCGAUAGAUGGUCGUCGUCGAAUAGAAGAUCCAGCAAAGACAGAGACCCAAAAUCCAGCAGUAGCAGCAGUAGUAGCAAUCGAAAGUAUCGACGUGAUCCUCCCAAACCUGCGGAAGAUGAAGCUCUGCCAUUAGGACCCAAAGCAGAUAUGAUAAAUACAGCGUCUACUACGAAUGACCAGCCUCCUACGGCACCAGCUGCUUACUAUCAACACCAUCCACCGCAACCACAGCAACAUCACUCGCAUCAACAGCAACAUCAGCAGCAACAGCAACAACAUUCAUAUACUCAAUAUCAGCCAGUUCAAUUGGACCCACAGCAGCAGCAGGCGGCAGAAUCGGCAGCAUGGGGUAAUUAUUACGGGUGGACAGUGCAAGAUUACAACAAUGCAUACUCUACAAAUUACACAGCUGAACAAUAUCAGCAGUAUAUUCAACACUAUUACCAAUCACAAGAUCCCAAUACUUACUAUGGUUAUUACGAUGCAUCGUAUUAUCAACAGCAGCAAUCGCAAGAAAUACCCCAACAGCAGCAGCAAAGCGUGCCUCCUCCUCCACCACCGCCAACAGUCAAUGUGAACAAUACGAGCUCAAAUGUUUCGUCACACCCACCAACACAUACACAGACAAAUCAGCUGGAUCAGAAGGUUUCCUACAUGGGUGGCGUCCCUGAGAACGUGCUGGAUGAUGUGGGCUAUCCAUGCCAGACUUCGGAGGACCCCUCAACCCUGUUUGAAAAGAUUGGACAAGUGGGCGAGGGAACAUACGGUAAGGUGUAUAAGGCUCGUAAUGGCAAGACAGGCAAAUUGAUGGCAUUGAAGCGUAUUCGAAUGAAGACAGAAAAGGACGGGUUUCCAAUUACAGCCAUGAGAGAGAUUAAGCUGCUACAAAAGUUAAAGCAUGAUCGCAUUGUCGAGCUACAGGAAAUUAUGGUGGCCAAGGGAUCUGUUUAUAUGGUAUUGGAGUACAUGGAUCAUGAUUUAUCGGGUAUACUGGGACACCCUAAUUUCAAUUUUGAGCCGGCUCAUGCCAAAUCACUGGUGAAGCAAAUGUUGGAAGGUCUCGCUUACCUGCACCAUAUGGGCAUAUUACAUAGAGACAUCAAAGGCUCCAACUUGCUAAUCAACAACAAGGGCGAACUAAAGAUUGCUGAUUUCGGCCUGGCAAGAGUGUUUGAAAAGAACAGAGCACAUGAUUAUACCAAUCGAGUGAUUACGCUUUGGUACAGACCACCAGAGCUAUUACUUGGUGCCACUGCCUAUGGGCCUGCUGUAGAUAUUUGGGGUGUAGGUUGCAUCAUGCUGGAAUUCUUCACUGGAAAAGCCGUGUUCAAUGGCCAAGAUGAGGUCAGUCAGAUUGACAGUAUUUAUAAAAUCAUGGGAACACCUUCUGUGGAGACAUGGCCUACCGUCAAAGAGCUGCCGUGGUAUGAAAUGGUGCGUCCUGCAGAGAAUUACGUAUCUAAAUUCCGAGAAUCGUAUCAAUCGUUACUAUCACCUGGCGCUUUAGAGCUGUCAGAGGCAUUACUGUCCAUGGAUCCGCUAAAACGACCAACAGCAACACAAGCAUUGGAAUUUAGUUAUUUCAAGCAAGAAUUACCAGAGCCCGUCAUGCCUGCUAAUCUUUUGGAUAUCAAUGGCGAUUGGCAUGAAUUCGAAUCUAAACAGCGUAAAAAGCUGAAAGCACCACCACCGCCUCCACCAUCCAAUGCAUCCACCAGCAAGCCAAACCCGAAUUCCAAAAGCAAUAAUAAUAACAAUAGAGCAAAAGCAACACCUUCAUCUGCAUUACCGUCUACUCGUCCACAUUAA